GGGGAAUUACCUCACCUGUAACGCAGGAGAGCUGAAGCUCUGAUUCCCGGGAGGUGGGCUACACUUUCCUGGGACUAUUCCACACUAAUCAGGUAAUCAGGAGAAGGCUCGCCUGUGUCCUGCCCCCGUGUCCUGAGCGCACAUUUGAGUUGUUCAAAAACGCCCCUGGAAGGAGUGAGCCCUGUGCGGGGAAAACUGGGAUAUUCCUCCCUGAUCCCUCCCCUGCGCACCCGAGCUGAGGGAAUCCCAUAGCCCUGAACAACGAGUCGAACCACAGCUCCCGGCGUGCCCCGCGGCCCGGAACGCCACCUCCCCGCGCCCCUUAUCUCCAUGGCGACGCUGGCGCAUCCCGGCGCCGCUCCCAUGGGAACGUCCCGCAUGGCGUCCCGAGAACCGCGGGAACUGUGGAAGAAAGACCUCGGGCUCCCCACGGCUCCGCUGUCCCGGGUCCCUCCCUGUGAGGGAAUGCCGGCUCUGCAGUGCCGGAAAGACCCUGUGAUGAUCCUCCGGGAAAGGAAAUCCCGGCUCCGGUAUCCCAGGAAUCCCAGGCAGGACAUCAUGAAGCCUUUUUCUCUCUCUGAGCUCGGGCUCCCAACAGAAAACAAAGCCAUCCGGGCAAUUCUCUGCCCCAUGGCUAUGGAGCUUUGCCACCUCCUGCUCGCCCUGGAACGGGAAGAUGGGAUUUGUCCAGCCUUUCCUAAUUUGGGGGAAAAGGCGGGAAAAUUAGCCAAAGCUAUGGAAGAACUCACUGUUGUGGCAAGGAGGCUGUCCGAGGAUUCUAGUGAGGAAGGGAACAUGGAGAGGUGUUCCAUGGGUGAAUCCCUGCUCCAGGCUGGGAGGGAUGUAGUGCUUGCUGCAUUCCAGCUCCAGGAGCAUCCCGACAGCCGUUGGCACCAAGAGCACCUGGCAGUGGCUGCCAAGAGGAGCCUGAUAGAGACAGCAAAGAUCCUUCAGCUGGAAGAUGCAGCAGGGAUGAGGAGGAUCACUGGCGCUGCCAGCUGGCUUCUGGAAUGCCUGAGUGCGCUGCAGGAUGCCUGGGACGCUCCAGGGCUGCUGGCUGCAUUCCAGGCCUUUUCUGAGGCCGUGCUCCUGCUGAGCCGCCUAACAGCCAAGCGCCUCCAGGAACUUGGAUAUUGUCCUGGAAGGAAGAGCUUGGCCCAGACCCUGCAGCUGCUCCACAAGUGUGUUCCACUCAUCCACACAGCCAAGCACAGUGCCCUGACACAUUCCAGGGAUCGCCAAGCUAACCUCUCUCAAGAUUCUGUUUUCCAGCUGACAGAGAGGACCAUCAGGGAGCUCCUCUCCCUGCUCCUGGAGCCACAGGACAGGAGUGGGAUCUUCUCCCAACAGGUGAGCAGCCUCCAGGCUCUCCUCUCCCACCCCGACCCCCUGCGCCUCUCUGAGGGUGCAUUCAGCUCACACUUGGAAGCAGUCAUUCUCCAUGGAAUGCUGCUGGCAGAGACAUCCAGUCUGGAUCUGCAGCUGGAGCUGUUGGAAUGUUGCUGGGUCCUGCUACAGCUGAGGAGGAGCAUCUGUAGCUACAUAAGCCAGAGGGAGGAACAGCCAGGACAGAGCCAGGGAGAAGACAGACUGGAGUGGGAAUGUCACAGCUUGAGGGAGGAGCUGGAAAAUCUGGACCAGGCAGUGCUCAGGGCCACGCUGUGCCAAAUCCUGGAUGGCUUCUUCGAGGAGAAGGAGCCCCUGAGGCAGCUGGUUGAAGGUGUCCUUAGCCUUGCCCAUUCAGGAUGUUUUCCAGCAGAACCAGGAGGAAUUUUGAGGGAGCUCCAGCCCCUCAUUGCUGCCUUCUUCGCUCAGGCCCAGCGGAUGCUCAAAGCAGCUGAUCUGGUCCUGGCCAGGUGUGCCAAGGCCCAAACUGCCCGGGAAAUCCAGGAGGGCAUGGAGCACCUGCAGAGCCUGCUGGCGAGCCUCCCUUCCCUGCUCACAAAAACAAGAGGGAAUAUCAAAGAGCAGCUCCAGGCCCUGUGCUGUGCCUGGGCCAGAGCCACUGACAGCCUCCUGCACUGCUUUGAGGAGACCAUCGGCAUGAGACAAUUCCUUGAGUCAUCUAUCCAAGAGCUGGCCAAGCACAAGGAAUGGUGUGAAGCGGCGCUGGAAUGCCGGGAUCCUGAGGGAUUCUCUUGGCACUCUGCUUGCCUCACGGGCUGGGCGCGCUGGGUGGUUGGAGCCACCACCCGGCAUGUGGAUAGGGCCACAGAUCCCAUCUUCAGGAAUGGUUUGCUGGUGUGGGCGGAGCAAUUGGCCAAAUCCAUACUGGAGCUGGGAGCAGUCAUGGCCCUCAUUCCAGGAAGGUUUUCCUGCCUCCAAAGCUGGGAUGCCUUUUCCCAGGCAGCCAGCUCCCUGAUGGACUCUGCUCUCCGUGUCCAAACUGGGCUGGAUGGAUCCAACCACCCAGAGAUCCUCAGCCCGCUCCGUGAGCAAGUGCGGAGCACCAAGGUGGAAAAGGGGCUGGAGCUCAGCCUGUCUCACACUGGGAUACGAACUAGUACAGAUGAGGCAGGAUUCCAAGGAGAUAUCCAAAGUAAUCCAUCUUCACCACCAGCUAACUUCUAUCCCCUAUGGAAAGGGGAUACACACCCUGUCAUUACAGCUCUCCUGGAAGCAUCCAAAACCAGUGACAUGGACACUGUCCAUGCUGCUUGCUCUGUCCUGCUAGAGCUCUCCAAUGCCUGUGUGGAAGCAGCACGGGAAGCGCUCCCCAUCGCUGAGCCCCCUCAGCUCCAGGUGCUGGAGCAGCACCAGGAUAUCACAGCACUGACCCCACGGAUCAUCAGCCUGGCCAUGGAAAUGCCCCCUGGGCAGCUCCCUGCUCCAAGCAGGCUUCUCCAAAUGGUGCUUAGGCUCUUGGGAAGGAUCGAGGAGACUCGGGAAUGCCUGGCAGCUGUGGCAGGCUCAUGGAAUGGUCUCGCCCAGCAAGUGCUUGGAUUUAUCCUGUCAGGUGACUCUCCAAGGGGGAAGCAGGCUUUGGACGAGACCCUGCUGGGUUUAGCAGGAGCAGUGCAGUUGGCGGGAGACAUUGCAAGCACAGCCUGCAGUAAGGAAAAUCCCUGUCCCUCCUAUGUCCAGGAGAGCUUUCGGCAGCUCCAAGCCAAGUUUUCCCGUGCUCAGCUGAACACCAAAGUGUUCCUGGAGAAGGCAGCAUCCUUCAGGGAAGCCUGUGGGAUGGAAAAGGCCAUCCUGGAGCUGCACGGAGUCCAAUGGGCCAAUGGCAUGCGUGUCCUGCUGGAUGCCAUGGAUCACUUUGUGGGUAGGGAUGUCCUGUUCCUGAGGGAGCUGAGCAGAACCGUGAAGAACAAGGUUGGCCCACGGAGCCUCCUGGCUGCUGUGGCUGAGAAUUCCCUCAGGUUGCAGGAGGCUGCCCGGCUCUCCUACUUAUCCUGCCGUGGAGACCAUGGUGCCAGAGAAAUCCUGGUGCUCCAGGAGGAGAUCCAGAUGCUCAUGGAAGCGCUGCUGGAUGUGUCUAACACCCUCCUGCUCUCCCCACUGCCUAAUGCCAGCUUGGUCAUCCGCUUUGAGCUCCUGCGGAGGGACGUGGCCCUCAGGGCCAAGGCAUUGUUGCUCCACAUGGAAAGGGUCAACACAGAACAGCUGCAGCUCAUCCAAGAUGUGGCUGGAGCAGCUCUGUCCAACCUCACCCAAGGGGAGAGGGAAAGGAGUAAAGAAGGUUUUGAGGAGAAGGCAAAUCAGCUCAUGGCUGAUGUCCAGUGGGUCAGAAACACCCUCUGGGAUGUUCUGGAGGCUGGUGCUCAACUUACAUCGCAGCCUAGUCUGCUGUCCGUGGCUGACCACCUCUUGCUCCUCACGGCUGAUGUGGUGGAAAGCACCCGGCGGCACUUCGGGAGCCACCAGGACACUGGGGAUCCCUGCCAGGAUACUGGGGAUCCUCACCUGGACAGCCUGGUGUGGUACUGGUCAGCCAAGGCACACUACCUAGUCAUACAGCUCCGCGUUAUCCAUGGAAUUGACAGGGACAUCCUGCGGCGCCUCACAGAAUGCCUGCAGUGGGAAUGCUUCUCAAGAUCACCCAACAGCACAGCUGGACUCUCCCCAGCCCCAGAGCCCGCUGAGGCAGCAGGAAUUCAUCCAUGCAGGAGUAGAGGAGCAAGUGCAGCCAUGCAGGAAGUGGGUGAGCUGAAACACCCAGGUAGAGGAGACCACUUGGCAUUGCUAUGUCCACACAUUCCAGGCUUGGAAUCUGUUCCGUUACUGUCUCAACAACACCAGGAUAGCCCUUCCAGCCUCUCACCUGCAAAGCAGGAGAGAGGAAACUGUGACAAGUGGCAGAGUGGCUCCAGCAAGGCGUCCCAGGUGACCCAGGACAUGGCCACGAGGAUGCUCCACAUGGCUCAGUUCCUGCGGAGGAAGGGCCCCAUUGCGAGCAAGGAGCAGUUUGUUGCCUGUGCCAGGCAAAUGGUUUCUGAUGGACAGGUGGUUGUUAAGUUUGGGAACAUCCUUGCCAAGCACUGCCUGGACCAGAGAUGCGCCACAGAGCUGCUCCGUGCUGCUGAGCACACCCAAUCCAUCAGCAGUCAGCUUGGCAUUGUGGCCAGGGUGAAAGCAGUGACUGGGGAGAGCAAGGCCUCCUCUGAACUGCUGCUGAGCAACAUGCAGAACCUCAUCCAAGCAGUCCAGCAUGUCCUGAGGGCAGCCGAGGCAGCGUGUGUCAAAGGUUUGGGACAACCCUCAGCAGACCCUGAAGAAGAACAAGUUGCUGCUUUCUGCCAGCAGUGGAAGAAAAACCUGACACAGCACAGAGCCAAGGAGGCUUUAAAUUCUGACCGGGAUGAAUUGGGGCUCCGGAAAACUCGAGGGGCAAAGGCUGAGCCCACCUUGAUGUCUCUGGUGCAAGAGCAACCCCCUCAGAGCAGGAAUAUCCCAAAGCAUCCCAGUCCUAGAAAAGGAUAUACAGUUAUGGACAGACACUUGUAAAUCCAGAGAGGGGCUCCUGAUGGCACUGGAAGCACAGAAUACUUUCCAGUGUGAAGGAUUCAUGCUGGAGCAUUUCAUCGUGGCAGGAAAAUCUCGAAACAGGCUCCAUGGGGAGGCCAGGAAUCUUAUGGUGAGUGAUUUACCCCCAGAUGGUGAGAUGGGAUUGACAGGGCUUUGGAGAAUCUGAUCCAGUGGGAGGUGUCAGAGGUGUCCCUUGCCCAUGGCAGGGGUUGGAAUGGGAUGAGUUUAAGGUCCCUUCCUACCCAAACUAUGCCAGGAUUCUGUGAUCCAGAGAUGCUCAGGUUUUCUGCUUUCAACCUUUCCUCCUUCACAUAUCCAGGAAUACAGCAGUGGGGAGCACUUUGUCUCACCUGCUGCCCCUGAGCCUGCAGAUUUCUUCCCAAAAUCCCACUUAGCCCCAGAAUGCUCUCUUAUCCAGAGUGAACAUUGAAUCCCCAAGAUCACCUACUUCACAGCUUCCAGAGUAUCCCAGACUGGUGACACUGCAGCUCCUGUAUCCUGGCUCUCACAUUCAUCCUUCCCAACCUCACGAUUACAAUUUGGAAGUUCUGCAGGAGAGGUGGAAAGGAGCUUCCCCUGUGGAAUACAAUCCAACACCACAGCAGAUCACAACUGGCUUCAUGGCGGCUGCAGCCCAUUCCAGCCCACCCUGGUGUCCCACCUGCAUCCCAACCACUUUCCCCACACCAGGAAUUCCAUUACUUGUGUGGUAGCAAGGAAUCUCCUCCUUAAUUCCAAAGAAAAGCAGCAGCAAGCGCACUGGAGACUCUGGGAAGCUAUCUGCAACAGAUAAAGCAGGGAGCAGAGGUGGAUGGAAGAGUGAAGCAGCUGGAAAGAAGGAAGGAAGGAAUUACACAUGGAGACAAUAGGCUGUGAGGACCCACAGACCUUUGUAUCUGCAUCCUAUUUCCACACUAUUUUUCCCUGCAGGCUUGGUUUUUUGAGGAAAACCUUAACCAGCCAAACCAGUGAGCAGAUGAAGAAAUAAAGGACUACUAAUAAAGAACUAAUGGAUUACUCCAAAAUAACAACCCAGUUCCCUGUCUAUUCUCUACUUUUCCAACACAAAAGAAAUCAUAAAAUUAAUGGAAUUCAUGCUCUGGCAAAUCAGGAAGGCAAACUGAAACUGCGAUUGCCUUUGGAGAUGCCUCCUCUGCCAUGCAGGAGUCACUGGCUUCCCUUGGCUCAUCCAUGCAAGGUAAAACCUCAGAAUUUGGGAUAAACACUCUGCUGUCCCACUAGAAAUACCACUUGGUCAACAAACAAGAGGAAAAGGUUCAAGGCCAUCACUUGGCCAAGGGAAAAACAAGAGGAAGAAGUCCACCAAGGAAGAAACUUAAAGCAAUGUUCCAAAGGGGUGGGAAGCAGAUGAUUGAUUGAGCAGCCAGCACAUUUUUAGAGGAAAGGCAGCUGGCUAGGAAUGACUGCAUUUCCUCUGGAGAAAAAGCAACCCCAAAGGCAGGACAAGAGGUCUGGAGGGCAGUUGUGCUCUCCCAUGCAAAACCUGGGGAAUUCAAGACAUGCAGGAUGUUCCAUGAUAGAAAAGGGCAACUCUCUUCAUGAGACCUCGGGAUCAGGUACAAGGUUAUGUUAAAACCCCAAAAAGCCCGGCUUUAGUCCCCCUCAUCCCAGCUACUACUGUAUGCACAUGGAGUCGACACCAGGCAUUAACUGUACCCUUUUUAAUUGUUUUGUUAAAAAUGUCAUCGAGACACCAUGAAUACAAGUACUGCAGUUACAGCCAUACAAAAAAAGCAAUACAAAUUAAGCAGCUGAAUACAAAAAUACGUUGAAAUACAUGAACACCACAAUGGAACUUGGAGCACUAAAUCCCAAUUGUGUAGGCGUGGAAAAAAAUUAAAUAAAAACCUUUUUUUUUUCGUAUUAGACAAUGUAGUUUUCUCCACUUUGAACAGUUACUUUUGCUAGUUAUGUACUUCACAAUUUCUUCUAUGUACAGCAUAGAAUAAAAUACUUUUAAAAGAUAUGA